UGUUUUUAUAAAGCCUUUGGUCCUUCUCGGAAGGGAGCGUCAGGGAGGAGAGAGAGACAGAGCGAGGAAGGGAGAGGCGAGGAGAGACGUUUAAGAACAGUAAGGGGGACGAGGAGGCGGUACGAAGUGAUCCAGAUCUGUCGGCGUGUUCCAGGAAGUGAUCCUUUGGAUUUAUGAUGGAGAGAGACUUCUUGGGCAUGAGUGGUGGGAAGGAGGACACCAAAGGGAGCCGGCAUGAUGCAGGCUCGGCCGUUCGGUGGCCUUUCACCAACAAGGCCUCUGCUAUGCAGCAAUUCAUGCUCCACAAGGCUGCACAAGAGGAGAGGGCAAACAAGUACAGAUUUGAUCGAUUGUCCUCUCCCACGUUUCAUCCUGUUUCGGUUGUUGAUGCCUUCGAGGCCGAUCGCAGUGACUUCUCUGCAUUGGCACAGCAGAGAUCAUUCAGCCUGCAUGAUUACCAGCCUCAGGCCACUACGACCUUUAGUUCUUCCACACGCCAGUCGAGUGAAGCCGGAACAUUCCCUGUGGUUUCACAUCAUUCCCUUCCCAUUACAACUAAUAGCCCUUUCUUCAAGAUUCAUGGCACCCAGAGUGCUCCGAAUAUCAUGAUAACCAAUUUAAAUCAGCAGCCUCUCGCAGGAGUUGCAUUGAACACCCCUGUUGUUAAUACUUGUGUUGGAGCCCUUCCAUCAUGGAACAUGCCCAAACCGGCCCCGACGAGUGCACAGCUAACUAUAUUUUAUGCUGGCACUGUUAAUGUAUAUGAUGAUGUCUCUUUUGAUAAGGCUCAAGCAAUUUUGAUGCUGGCAAGUAACGGAUCCAAUGGGGCUUCAAAUGCUUCAAGAUCUGAAGCACCUUUGUCGGUCACACCUCUGGUUCCACCUAAAAUUUCUGGAUCUGAUGGGUUAAAUGCAAAGCAGAUCUUGAACCCGACUCCAAUUCGUGUGGCAUCACCCUGCUCAGUCUUCUCGAACCCGAUACCGGUGACCUUGCACACGGUGGCUAACUCAAGUAGUGUAAGUAGCACCAAAAAUGAUUCAGUUGGUGCGAAGGUUGUUGGUACCUUGUCCCCCUCAACGCAGCAAGGGCCACCCAGAACAUCUUCCGCUGCUGUAGGCUCUAUAACUAGUGCAGCUAUCAUGCCCCGAGCUGUACCUCAAGCUCGGAAGGCAUCAUUAGCACGAUUUCUUGAAAAACGUAAGGAAAGGGUGAACGAUGCGAUGCCCUAUUCUUGCAUCAAGAAAACCUCAGAGAUUGGUAGCGGACUUGAGAGUGCCAGUGCAUCGAGCAUUUCUUCAUUAGCUGAUGUCAAUGUUUCAAGUAACCGAGAGGACUCAUCGGAUUUAAGGAACCAAAAGAGUGGUAUCAGCUAUGGGGAUUCUCUAAGUACUAAAUUAAGGAUAUAGAGAAUGUUAUGUAUUCGAGCCCCCGACUGCAGUGUUUUCAAAAUCAAAUUGGAGGACUUAUCAUAUGUUCUGUCAAAUAGAAUGGCUUUCAUAAGUAAAUGUGAUUGGAGCUGUUCAAACAUUAAUGAGAGAACUCUGUGUAAAACUUUCCUGUCAAUGUAUUCUACAACUAAAUUUCAUUUACGGGGCAUCAGAUACUCAA